AUGAAAACCAGCAAGUACAACCCAUUAACAGAAGGGGUGGGUAAAGAAGCGCCGUGUGCCGCGCGCGAUGUCCUACAUAGCCCUACUGACACAAUAGCGUGACUUACUCGUUGUGAAACAGGUCUUCGCCGUUCGAUCCUUCAGGAUGAUAUGAGCAGCAUUUUCGCUUUCCUGAUCUUCUUCAUUACUAUCUUCAAGACCGAAGACAAUCAAACCACGUUCGGGCAGAUCGAAGUCAGCGACGGGAACCGGUUGUGA